GCCGAAGAUGUCAGGCGCCAAGCCCGACGUCAUCAGGCCCCACGUGCCUCACCUUUGACCUUCACAACCUCGCAGCUGACUUUCAUAUUCGCGGCUGAUAUAUGUCUCAUUCCUCACAUUAUUCUCUUAACACGCCACUCAACCUUGACGCUACACUCAGUGACCUUCCAAACUGAUUUCAGCUGAACUGCUAAGCCUCGUCUGACAAAGCCGACUGUCAGCUCACCUGGUGGCCAACACUUACCCCUCCGAAGAAAUUCGUGUCUACGUCGACUUGAAAAUCAGACGGUGUCUUCGUCCCUGGACUACCAACCACCCACGAUGACGACCGCACCGCAUUUGCCGGCUAAGGCACACGGCAGCGAUGAUAUGCACACACGGCCUAGAGGCAUUCUGAAGAAUAGCAGAUCUUUCCAGGCUGCUCCCGUUUCAGCACCGGUUGCUACACCACCAACCAUCCCCUCCAUCGCCGAGCCCGAAGACACCAAGGAACUCACUCUCCAAAACACCCUGGUAAACGCGGGACGACGCCACUCCUCAUCCGCCGGUCGACCGGGCACAUCCUCGCGCCGACAGUCUCUCGCCAGCCAGCACGACGAGAACGAACCCCGCCUAAAGUGGGAUGAAGCAAACCUGUACCUGACCGAGCAGGAGCGCACUGCGAAAAUGAAGAUCGACGAGCCAAAGACUCCUUACGCCCCGCACUACGAUCCCGCCGAGGACGAAGAGGAACUUCGACUCGAAGAGGCCAAGGAGAGUCUCAUUGACCCACAGGAUGUGGUGGUUGAUGAACUCGACAAGACUACCCAUGGCGGGCAGCAUAAGAAGGGUGUCUCGGAGGAUGAUAUUCCGGAUCUGGAGCUCGGCGAGGCCGAGGAGAAUCCUGUGGCCCAGGAGAGUCCCGAACAGCGUAUCUACCGUGAGCGUAGUAUGAGCACGGAGUCACACAAAAGCGACAAACAUGUUGUCGUUAACCCUGAUACCAAUGGGGAUGUGGCCGCAGGUGGUGAUGAGUUACUGACCACUGAGGAGGCGAAGGAGAAACAUCGCCAGUUUGAGGAGCAUCGGAAGAAGCAUUACGAGAUGAGAAAUAUCAAGGAGUUGCUUGCGCACCCUGAGGAAUUGGAGGAGGAUGAAAUGGAAGAAGACGAGGACGAGGCCGAACCUGGUCCCCCACCGGCCGUCCCUCACAUCCCCGAGCAAUUCCGCAAUGGCGGUCGAUAAUUGUUCGUCCCGAGUCUACCUGAUGACAUUUCCAUUUCGGACAAUUCCCUUGGCUCGACGGUGCAGCUACCCCGAGACCGAUAUGACAGAUUUUAAACCCUUUGUUCAUUUCCCUUUUUUCCGUUCGUUCGUGUUAUCUGUAUUAUUCCCCAGCGGUCUUUUGUUUCCGUUUUCCUUUUUGACUUGGUCUCGUUUGAAUUAAUCAGCGAUUCCCUUCGAGGCAUCCAGAUUGCGUUCUCUGUUCUCUUGGGAUUUGGUGAUUUAUUUUGCGUAACCCAUGAGACAUAAAUCUAAGAUAUGCCCCUCAGAGCGAGGGGUACUAUCUAUAAUAGAAUACGAGAACUAUGACUUUUUCCUAUG